AUGGCCGACGUGCCAGAUCUGUCAGGCCGAGUUGCCCUCGUCACUGGAGCAAACCGUGGACUUGGAUACGCCGUCGCUGUUAUACUCGCUCAGAAGGGCGCGAAGGUGUACAUCGCUUGUCGCUCUCUAGACAAAGCAGUUCAGGCAGUCCAACAAAUGGAGAUAGCGCAUGAAGCGCUCAAGGGCAGGCUCAUCCCUCUGGAAGUGGACUUGGGGAGUGUGCGCAAGUCGAAGGCAGCGGGAGAGGAGGUGAUACGUUUGGAGGGGAUUAUGGGGAGAUUGGACAUCCUCAUCUGCAACGCGGCCCAGACUGGUACGCCGUAUGAGGAGAACGAGGAGGGAAUCUCGACCAUCAUGGCAUCCAAUCACCUUGGCCACUGCGCUCUCACCCUUGCCCUACUGCCCUUGUUGGAUCGCACCGACCUCAGUCCGCCUUGUGACGUACGCGUCAUCUUAGUGACAAGCGCCGGCUAUGCGCUAGCACCGAAACCAUGGCAAUUCAAGAGUGUAAGGGACUUUAGAAACGAUGCCGGGCAAAAGGAGGGGGGGCUCGUCACCCAAUUAGCUCGUUAUGGACAAACAAAGCUUGCGAACAUCUUGUUCGCAGCUGAGCUCCAACGGAGAUUUAAGAGGCACCACACACAGUCUCUUGCCCUGUCCGUCCAUCCGGGCGGCGUGGUGACCUCAGGUGCCAAGAACUUUCUCAGGACCUGGUACUGGGUUUUCGCCUGGGGGUUCGUCCCGCCCGAAAAGGCUGCAAAGGCGAUUGUCUUUGAUGCUGCGAGUCCCAAGGUGAGAGAGCAGGGCUGGGGAGGCGCGUACCUCGUGCCCGGGGGAAAGAAGGGAAAGCUACAAAAGGGGGCGCAGGAUGAAACGUUGGCGAAGGACCUGUGGGAGCUGAGCGAGCGGGUGUGUAAAGAGAUUGAGGAGAAAGGGAAGGUUGAAUGA